AGAAAACGGAGACACCCAAGAGACCUUACAACCGGUAACUAUUUUAAAUCCUAUAACAUUUCUACAUCAUAACCACAAGCCGGACCAAACAGCAAUAAAAGCCACUCCUGACUUGGAACAAACGAUGAAAACAAAAUUACUCAACAACUACGAAAUAACGAGAAUCAAUAACGAAACCCCGAUAGAAAACACAGAUAUUAAGAAACAAACAGACGUAGAAAAUAACAAAAAAAAUAUUGUAACCACGACAUUCAGACCAAAACACACCUUCAAAACGACUGCUCCUCUACAACGACUUGAAGCUUUGAGGGAUAUGUCACUGUAUAUGGAGUCGCAACACACCCCGAGUUAUUCCUUCAAGCCGAGGACGACUCCAAAGCCGGAAUUGGAGUUAAGAAAAUAUACAGUUCCUUCAAGUGGCUUUGGAUCGAAGGCAGGAGUCGCAUAUUUGGCUAAAUCUCCUAGGCAGGUCUCCAGGGGUACAUUAUCUCCUAGGCUUUAUGUAAACACGGUCUCCACGGGUAGAACGGCCUCCCCAAGUACUCGAUCUCCUAGGCCCUAUGUAGAGACGGCCUCCUCAAGUACAUUAUCUCCUAGGCUUUAUGUAAACACGGUCUCCACGGGUAGAACGGCCUCCCCAAGUACUCGAUCUCCCAGGCCCUAUGCCACAAGGCUGUCCUCCGUUCGCCCAAAUUUUAAACCACAUCCUACGACAACAUCCAAAGGCCUAGUAUCUCCUAAGGGCUAUCCAACAACGAUCUCCACAACACUGUCUCCUAGACCCUAUAUUAGAACGGCCCCUCUUCAGAUGGUCUCCUCCUUCUCCCAGUCUCCUCCCCCAGCGAGCACUCUGUCAACCCCUAUCCCUCCUGUCGUUGUCAAGCCUCUGUCUAUCCAUCUAUACGCACCUGUCAAUCCAUCACCUAUUCCGUCUAUCCCAGAUAACGCCUCGUCUGAGUUCGUCUAUAUUAUACCAGGGAGUUCCUUCGUCGGUAUAGGACAUCCUACAGCAGCGCCUACGUCACCAGUGUCCUCUAAUGGGGUGUUAGAGUCCCCAGGGUCCUUCAUCACUAACGUCACCCCGAAGCCUCCCUCAAGGAACCCAAGGAUACGAAGUACAUCUUCAAAUCCUUCCAUCGGUACUAAACGUCCUAGGAAAUCCUUCACCGAAGUCCCGACAUCCUUUACUACAGCGUUCACACUUCCAAGUAUCCAUUAUACGUCCUUCGGGGCACCAAGACACACGAAGGAUAUCACCAGGACUCCUUCAAUAUCCUACAAACCUGAACUCAUAGCUAGAGAAAUCCUGAAUCCACCACAACAUGGCUUCCCUUCUACAACUCCCCGAUAUCCUCCACUAACCCCACGUCCUCCUCCUGUUUAUAAUCCUACGCUUCCUCCCCUCACUCCUUCACCUCGUCUUCCUCCUUACACACCCAUAGUAAGGAUGUUAGUGCCUCCUUCUCCUCCUUCUAUCCACACGUCCCACAGACCUCAACCUACCCCUUCAUCAUCUAUCCACACGUCCCACAGACCUCAAUCUACCCCUUCAUCAUCUAUCCACACGUCCCACAGACCUCAACCUACCCCUUCAUCAUCUAUCCACACGUCCCACAGACCUCAACCUACCCCUUCAUCUAUCCCAUCUCUCUCUUCUUUCCAUCAUUCUUCUCUCGUUAGAUCUCAUCCUUCUCGUCCACCUUCCCAUCACCUCCGCCUUCCAAUCCCUUCUCACACCCAGAUCACGACCCCUUCACCUCUUCCCCUUCCCCUUCCCCCCUCACCUCUAAACACCCCUCACCUACCACCUAAUCAACCAAACUCCCCCUCCUCAAACCACGCCCAUCAACCACACAACCUCCAUACCACAACCCGACCCAAGGGGUUCUAUAUACCCAAUUACCCCAACCUGGAACUAACACCCAACUCCCCAGGACAACAGAAUAUCCCCAGAUCAUUGAACACACAACGUAACCUUGGUUUAGAGAGGUUCAGUAAGACCCCAAGACCAAAACAGAUCAAUUUAAGACUGGAAUUGGACACUGGUAAGGGUUUUCAUGUUUCCCAAAGACCACCACCAAGACCACAAGUUCGUAGUAGACCCAAACCUGUCAGAAUUGAGACCACUAUAAGACCUGUGGAUAUCUACACUAGUUCAAGACCUCUGGAUAUCCGUACUAGUCCAAGACCUCUCGAUAUCCACACUACUCCAAGACCUCUGGAUAUCCGUACUAGUCCAAGACCUCUCGAUAUCCACACUACUCCAAGACCUCUCGAUAUCCACACUACUCCAAGACCUCUCAAUAUCCACACUACUCCAAGACCUCUGGAUAUCCACACUACACCAAGACCCACACAGCACCACACCCUCAGCAAACCUCAAUACUCCACAUCAAGACCACGUUUCCAAGACUUCAUCUCACCUAAACAGGCCAUAAGACCCUUUGAGACUCCACAUUCGCCCAUAAGACCUGAAUUCAUCCCAUUCCAACCCACGAAACGCCCAUUGGGACCUGAAUUCAUCCCAUUUCAAUCUACGAAAAACCCAUUGGGACCUAAAUUAAACCCCUACCUACCCCACCAAACGCCCCUUGGCCCUGAUUUCACCUCCUUUGGGCCAACCAAACGGCCCUUAAAACCAAAAUCCCAACCAACUGGGCCAUUUCAACCCGACUAUGCCCCAAAUGGUCCAGUAAGGUCCAAUUUCGUCACCUCAGGGCCAGUGACGGAGUUAGCCUCGACUGGGCCCCGUGUCUCUGGACCCCGUCUACCUAGGCCCCGUCUACCUAGGCCCCGUCUCCAUGGGCCCUAUGACAAUCAACAGUCACUCGGUAUCCAGUCAUCUCGGAGUGAGCUUGGACGUCGCAUCCCAGGUAUUCCAGGCUUAUCACACUACGACUACCCGAUCUACAGUACCCUCCCUGAGACGCCGUUCUCCUGUAGUGAUAAACAUCCUGGUUAUUACGCUGAUCAAGAAGCUCGCUGUCAGGUGUUCCAUAACUGCCAAAUUGGUGGUAGAAUGAGCUCGUUUCUCUGCCCCAAUGGGACGGUGUUCAACCAAAGGAUUUUAACGUGUGACCAUUGGAGGAACGUGAGGUGUGAUAAGGCUGUUCAUUAUUAUAUAGUGAACAAGGGGCUAUAUGUUGAACAGAAUAAAAAUCCAUAUAAUAAUAAUGCUAAGCGCCAAUCAGAGAAGACCAGGCUCUUUAAACACCAAUCAACGACCAGGAAGCCAAUCAUAGACACCCACAUCACAAAUACGUCACCACUUAUUGACGUAUCGCUGACUGCCACGCCGUACUUUACGUCAUCUACAAACAGCCCCGUCAUAACUUCUUCACCAAUCACCACCUCGGGUUUGACUUCUUCACCUUUCUCUCCACCAAUCAGAAACACCCAUGUUACAACUCGCCCAUCAAUCAGAAACCAACACGUCACAACUCUCCCACUAAUCAGAACCCAACACGUCACAACUCGCUUACCAAUCAACAUCGCGUCUCUGAAACCAAUACCUCUCUUUGCACCAAUCCGAACAAGCCACGUCACAGCGCCUCUACCAUACACAGCCGCGGCAUUGACUACUCUCCCUUACGACAAACCAAUCACAGACCGCCGCCGCUCCACCAAUUACCAAAUCACGCCAGAAAACCACCAAAUCACGCCAAAAGACCGCCAAAUCACGCUAAAAGACCGCCAAAUCACGCCAAAAUUCACCGAGGACGCGAAAUCAGGCCAAAAUAGGGACAAUCACCCCAUUCCACUCACUUUGAAACCACAUAUUGUCGACCCGCUAAAAGUUAAGCCCUUUUUCCCCUCAAAUGGUGGCGUGGGAACCUAAAAUUUACCUGUACUCAACGCUAAGACCCUGUACUCAACGCUAAGACCCUGUACUCAACGCUAAGACCCUAUACUCAACGCUAAGACCCUGUACUCAACGCUAAGACCCUGUACUCAACGCUAAGACCCUGUACUCAACGCUAAGACCCUGUACUCAACGCUAAGACCCUGUACUCAAUUCAAAGACCCUAAAAUAUAGAAAAAACCCUUAAAUUUUAGGUAUACAUAACUCUUUAUACACUGUUAAUCAUUCACCAUGUAUAAUACCUAAAAAGUAUACAUAGUUAUACAGAAUAUACAUUAAAUUUACACAGUUUCUUAAGUAUAUACAUUAGUCGAUGAAAAUAUGUAUUAAAUUAAAUUAGGAUGUAUACAUAUAUAGGAAACAUACAUAUAUACAUACACAAGGUUG